AUGAUGCAAAUGUACAUCUCCAAUGAUUGGGCGCUCACAGAAACACAAGUAAGAUUGGCAGAAAAGUAUGGCUUCACUGCUCUUGCCAUAACAGUCGACGCACAAGUGCUUGUCCUCGAAGAAAUCCAAAAGUGCUCAGGCUCAGAAAACAGUACAAGGAUAGAAAGGUAUUGCUGGCCAAUCGGACCUAUCGAUGACUUGGGAAACCAUAAAAAAGAUACGCAAUUUGAGCAAGUUGAAGAUUGUAUUGAAGGGCAUAUGCAUCCUAAGGAUGCAGUGAUCGCUCUGGAUUACUGUGAUGCCAUAUGGGUUCAAACCAUGGUGGUAGCAACUAGACGGAUUUCCUCCACUAUCAACAUUUUGCCACUCAUUAAGGCGGCAGUAGGAGACCGCAUUCCCCUCCUCAUCGAUGGAGGAGUGCGCACUGGCAACGACAUCUACAAGUGCCUUGCACUGGGGCCAGCUAUGUUCUAA